AUGGGUCCUGAUGAAGACGACGACCCGUUUCAAUGUUAUUCUCAUAAUGAUGCAGAUAACAGCGGCAUCAUUGUGAUUUCUUGCAGCUCUGGGCAGAUACCUGAGGAUCCUGAGUUCAAUUCUGAAAUAAGGACAGAUCCAGUUGGCUGUAAAAACGAGGAGGACGAAGAUGUGGUUCAGAAUAUCCAUGAAGUCAAAGAGCCAAAGCAGGAUGUGGAGCCUGUAGAGGAAAAGCCAUGGAGGAAGUCUGGGGCUGAUAUCACGGAUUACUUUAACUACGGUUUCGAUGAAGAAAGCUGGAAGGCGUACCGUAUGAAGCAUGCUAAGCUCCAAGCAUUCCAAGCACAACAUAUCGCUAAUGUCAUGAGGGAGCAAGCUAAAUAUGAAGUGGAGGUGAUGUGUGCUUCUUCUAAUUCAGGCAGACCAUCUAGGAAAUCCUGCAGGUCAGUAAGAUGGUUUUUUGCUGUGACUGUGUGCAUCCUUGUUAGUCCUAGUUAG